AGCUCAACCCUGCAAAGCUGGCGAUGAGAGAACUGCCGGUAGAUGAGAUGAGUGAGUGAGAAUGAAGGUGCGCGUCGAGGUGCCAAACCCAGAGGAGGAGCGAGGGAGCGACCUCGGCCUCAGGAACAAGGCCAUGGAAGAUGAUGAGAUCAUUGAGCACAUUGAGCCGCCCAUGUCGCGCGGCAAGCUGCUAGAGAAGGUGUGCUUCACACAGCGAUGCCUCAUCUUCCAAAUCGCACUCAACAUCCUCCUCGCAGGUAGGUAGGGAGGACCGGGUGAUGUAUGGACAAGAAGACAACCGCGCGAACGUCAUGUAUGGUGUUUGCUUGUGUGUUGGCUGCUCGCAGUGCUGAACACGGCGAUGGUGUUUAUCGACAUCAUUUUGAUCCAGCGGGAGAACCGACACAACCUCAACCAAGUGUGUGAAAGCGUGUCGACAAUGCACUCAGCGAAGGGAUAUAUAUGGCCGCAUGUCUGUCUGUGUGUGGUUGUUUCUGUCUGUCUGUCUGUCUGUCUGUCUAUCCGUCAGCCAUCGACGCGUCUGAUUGAGGACAUCCUUUGUGUCGGUGACAUCACUAUCACGUCUGUGAUACUGGUCGAGUUCGUGUUGAAGCUCCAGAUGGCCGACUGGGGCGCCCGGCAGUUCUUCAAGUCAUGGGAGCACAUCUUGGACGCCCUCGUGCUGGUAGGUAUGGCGUGGCGACCGACAGCCAUUGAAUGAAUCAUUGCAGACAGACGGGACACGACUCACUCACUCGAAGGCAACCUAACCUGUCUGUAUCUUGUUUCCUUCUUCUGUCAUUCGUCUCCCCUGUUUGUAUCUCUCUCCUGUCUCACUCAGCUCAUCUCAUUCGUCUGUAUCGGCCUGGCGUACGUGCAGAUCAAGAAGGGGGCAGGUAAUUAAGCUGAGUGAGAAGGGAAAACAAGACAGACAGGGGGGGAGGGAGAAGCGCAUGGUAUGUAUGUGUUCCGGUUGGUGCGGUGCAGACGUCUCUGAAGCAGAGCUUGCCCUCGCCCUGCGCGUCAUCACAGUCCGCGACAUUAUGCGCAUCGUCCGGACGGUCUAUUUCCUCAUCGAGAUCAACACUCUCGUCACCACUUACCGCGGCCAGCACUCGCCGAGGAGCCAGCUCAUCAACCAGCCACUCAUCGAAGCAUACCAGCAGCCAAAUCACCGCGACUUCUGUGUCCCCGAGCCACCAGAGCAGAAAGGCACCCUGCUCACAGCUGAGCCUCCAGGACCGCUGAGGGAGCUGUCGAGCAACAACCGGGGUGUCUCGGCGGUCUCGGCAUUCUCUGAAGUCCCGGAGGUGCCGCCUGAGCAUGACGACGAGGUGCCUGCAGUGCCCAGCGCGCCGACCAAGCCCCUGUAUCAGCCAGGGUUGCCGCGCACACUGGAUCAGAAGGGCGGCGGGGGUGGUGGUGGGUCGCUGCUGGCCGGGGCAGGCAAGAGGGAUCAGUGGCACACGCCUGAGAGUUCUGUGUAGGUAGGGAGGGGUGACAAACAUGACAGGUCGAUUUAUCCGUAGCUAGUGGGGUUUCUCUACAGUAGGUUUCUAUGGGCAAGGGGCCGAUGCGUGUCCGUCUGUGUCAAUAUAUACUCUGGUCACACCAGGGAGGGGGCUCACUCAUUCUGCGAGCGGCAUUUUCUCGUUUCGUACAUCCACACACACGUGCAUGCCAUGUGGGAUAUGUCUGUGUUUGUGUGUGUGCGGGGGGGGUGGGGGAGGCGGGGGGUCUCGCGAUGCGAAGCAUCCCUUCAAUGCGGUGCAGCAUGGAUCAUGUACUAGUCUUGACACUGCCUGUUGCUGAGUGGUCGCACCGAUGAGACAAUGUCAUGACUCGUGAUGUGAAUGCACAGACAGACAUACAGACAGACAGACAGGCAGAGAGCGCCCGUCAACCCGCUCCUUACCGACAUUUUCGGCUGGAUGCACGUGUGACCACUUGCAGCACUGCAUGGCUAUGCCGUCUGCGUGGAUGGAUGGAUGGAUGGAUGGAGAAACUUCCAGGCCG